GGGUGAGGGUCCCUGACUGAGUGAGACUGAAACUGAGAGGAAGUGAUUGUAGGUUAGCAGGGCUCACUUCUCUGCAGAGAUCGAUGGCGUUGGUAUCCUAAUUGAGAUGCAGUGUGGGCUUGAGCAAAGGAGAGUCGGAGACCAAGAUUAGCGCUGUGGGCCACGACAUUUAGAAUUGAUUUGUACUGAAGGAUGGAAGCUGUAGCUCUGUAUGUCUUUCAAGCUUCAGAGAAUGAUGAACUCAGUUUUAAAAAAGGGGAUAUACUGAAGAUCACAAACAUGGAAGAUGACCAGAACUGGUUCACAGCAGAACUGGGAGGGUUGAAGGGCUUUAUUCCAAAGAAUUAUAUUAAAGUAAAACCACACCCGUGGUUUGCUGGACGGAUCUCCAGACAUGUUGCUGAAGAGAGGUUGUCUCGGCAACGAGAAUGCGGUGCGUUCCUGGUCAGGGAGAGUGAGAGCUCCCCGGGAGAAUUCUCUCUGUCCGUCAGUUAUGGAGAUGUUGUGCAGCAUUUCAAGGUCUUGAACGAUGGACGAGGCAGGUAUUUUAUCUGGGAAGAACAAUUCAACUCCCUCAAUGAGCUGGUGGACUAUUAUCGAACAACAUCCAUCGCCAGGGAGCAGACGGUUUUCCUGAGGGAUGAAGAGCGCACGUUUGAGAAGCCAAAGCAGGCACAGGCUCUUUUCGACUUUGUCCCCCAGCACUUGUCCGAGCUGGGUUUCUACAGAGGAGAUGUCAUAGAGGUCCUGGACUGUUCCGACCCCAGCCGCUGGAAAGGGAGGUGCCAUGGCAAGGUGGGGGUAUUCCCAUCUAAAUACGUCCAGCCAACCUACCACUAACCACGCAACACUGGAACUCAAAGUGCACUUCCUAUCACCUCUAAUCCAUUUACAAAAACAUGCAGAUAUAAACACCAGUACUUAAAUCUGUUGUGAAAUGUGCACAAAGCUGAAUCCUGAUACCCAAAACUUACAUGCAAGAGGUUGAUGAACACUGGGACAUCUGAACAGCAAGACAAACUGUUAGAGGAAACAUGUGUUGUACGGUGAUACCAAGAGGGUUACCACAGCAGCUCAACCUAGAUUUACUGAGCGACCUAGGAGACACACCUUCUAAAAUGCAUCAGAUGCCUCAGCCUUCAAAGCAGUAACUAAUUAAUGUAUUAAAUUGUGUUGUUGUUUUUUUCUUUAUGUACAGACACUAAACACUCUCUCUAAAUCUUACCCAAGAGAGUGAUAUUAUGUUUUUUC